CACAAGAUUGGCAAGCACAAGAUUGGCAAGCACAAGGCGGGCAAGCAUAUGAUAGGCAAGCACAAGCACAAAGCAGACAAGCACAAGAUGGGCAAGCGCAUGAUGGGCAAGCACAAAGCAGGCAAGCACAAGGUGAGCAAGUGAAUAGCAGGCAAGAACAAGGUGGGCAAGUGAAUGACAGGCAAGUACAAG